GUCCUGCCCAGUUAUUCCAUUUUCUAUAGUUUGAACUCAAUAGUUUCGUUAAAGUAUUACUAUACUUAUUAACAAAGUGAUUUUCGAGUCUGUGAUCAAAUUCAAAGCCUGUGUAAGGCAAUAAUGGAUAGUAAUAGAAAUUCUAUUUUUUCAGAAAAGCUGAAAGAACAAGUAUCGGGAUCGUUUGAUCGAAUUCGUAAAGCACUAGAUUUACGUGAAAAGUUGCUGCUGAGGCAACUUUCUGUCGUGGUACAGCAGUCCCAUCAUGUCACGUUUCAAUUCGAUAACAUCAAAUUUGUCGAUAGUGGACAAGAAGAAGACAUCGUAAACAGAAUUCGAAGUUACGGAAAGUAUAACAUAGACAACUUUAAUAUUAUUUUGAAAGACCAUUAUGAAAAUGAAGAUUACAUACAACCUGUGGAAGAUCAUGAUCUGAUGCACAAAAGUUGUCGACGGGGAACUGGAGAUGAAGAACAAGAGAAUCCUGAAAGUGAGGAAAUAAUAGUAGAGUUUUUUCAUAACAAAGGUCUAAUCAAAGAAGGAGCAGAUAUGGUGCAGGAAUCAAUUAUAAAUCUUGCUUUGAAUGAAAGUAAAGAUUUGAUCAAAAAAACUCUAUCGGACGAAAUGGGUCUAGAAUUGGAUAAUGAUUCAGCACGGAAAAAAAUUGAUUUAACAAACAUUCGCAAUCGAGAACGAACGACAACAGAGUUACUUUUGCCGCAAUGUAAUGCGAUUUCCACUACUGAAGCAAUAUUUGAUGUUAGCAACAAUAAUAACAUCCUUGCGAAAAAAAGAGAAAUUUUUGGAAUUGAUCCAACUAGAGUCGCCCGGCAACAACCAAAAAAUACGAAGGCAUCACAAACCGAACUAGAUAAAACUGAUAGAUCUGUCAAUUGUAAAUUUGCUCCCCAAACAAACGAUUCCGUCGAUAGCAGUGUUAUAGUUAAUGGAAAAACAAAUGUUCAAUCUGCAGAAACUCUUGGGAAUGUAAAUACCAUCACCAUGAGCAACUACAGUGGCACAAUCAACCUUAAAAACGUAGCAAACUUAACGAUAAAUGCUUGCCAAGAAUCUGCUAUCCCGAAGCACCAAUCAGAAACUAGUUUUCCUCAAACGCGAUGUGCUUCGGAGCAAAGUAGUCCAGAGUGCGGUUUUUAUAAACGUUUAAUAACGGAAAAUAAAAUUUUGCGACAACAUAUUUUGAAAACAACUUUUGUCAAUGGCACACCGACAAGGACAGCACUUUCUAAGAAUAUGACCGACGACUCUUCUGCAGUGUUAAAUGACGAUGAUGCUGCAAGCCCUAAUGCUUCUUUCACAAGUAGUAAGCAGAUUCCUCUGACGACCGAGCUACGCAGUAUCCUAAAUCUUCCGGAACAGGAUGAUACAUUGACGCAGGUAUUAGGAGAACUAUUCUCCUUGGCUUCACCGACUGCAAUAGCUGGAGAAUCAAAGGAACAUACAAUGCAAAUACAACAGUGGCUCAAGCAAAUAAUAUCUGAGACCGAAAUUGAACCACUGCAGAACUCCGAUCUUAUGGAGUUUAGCCAAAUUACCAAUUGAAAUCGUCUACCAUAUAUGCAUUAGUAAAAGAUUUUAUUCGCUUAAAAUUGAAACUUAGGAAAAGAAACGCUACAAUAGGAUUUGUCUAAAAUUUCAAUUCAUCAUAUAAAGUUAAUCACAGUUGCAUUUCUUUAAAAUUGUACUGCGUGGUAAAAAUCGACUAACAUGUCCAGCUUUCCAGCGAAACUUAGUUUACCUCAAUUUUAACGGAUGGUACCAGCAGUACGACCUUUUAUAGAUAGUGUGCCGUUCACGUAGGUAACAUCACACAUUCACUAUAAUUACACUAAAAUUUCAAACGAGAUUUUAACAUCUGCUCGCACUUUCAUGAAAUCUGAAUACCUAUCUAUAUUAUAAAAAAAAACAAAGUGACAUUUUUAGAGUACCUAAAAACUUUUACUAAACCUAUUAUUUUAUUCAAAAUAAGCAGAUAACUUAAGCGACUGACCGUGGAAACCAAAGCGCAUAUAGUCUAUUCACAGAUAAACAGACAUAACUCGUAAAAAAAUGGAAAGAAAAUACCGUCACACAUAUUUCGGGAGCAAUAGUGGCACCAUCAACAAUCAGUAUUCGCAGAUAUUAACGUACAAUACGAAUAUCACUCAGUUAACCUUCCUAAUGCAUUAGAAAAAAGUAACAGAUUAUGCAUUGAGGUCGAAAACGACCCAAGUUUUGAAAUUGCUCUCAUUCAUCCAUUUUCAAUCCGAAUUUCGUUUUCUUUACCUCGUUUGAAAGCUAUGGCAAAAACCUGGCAUCCAAGGUAUGUUAGGGAAUAUUUGUUGAUUAAUGGCCACUUCUGGGUUAGUUCCGGAACACCCAUUAACGCGAUAUGAUUUGAGGUGCCGCAUGGUGAAUUAUCUCAAAAUCCAAAAAUGUCUCCCGAAAUUGGUACCGGAUGUUUCAGAACCGAUGGUAAAGUUGCCAUUUGGCUUCUAAAUGACACUAUUUUACUUCCAUCAGUCUUAUUUUAUUAAGCCGAUGUGAUUUGAUAUGUCGCAUUACGAGUUAUCCUUAAAUACAAAAAGGUCUCCAAAAAACGGGCACCGGAUGUUCCGGGACCGAUGCUGAUUUGGCCAUUUACCUUCAAAAUGUCUUUAUUAUACUUUUAAUAGUGUUAUGUUUUCAUGGUGUGAAAUUUGACGUGCCGUAAUAUAAAUCACCCCAAAAUUCAAAAUUGUCCUCAAAAACCGGGUACCGGAUGUUCCGGAACCGACGAUGAAGUGACCAUUUGGGUCCCUAACAUAUCUUGGGUGCCAGGUUUUGGCCAUAGCUUUCAAACGAGGUAAAGAAAACGAAAUUCGGAUUGAAAAUGAAUGAGAGCAAUUUAAACAACUACGGUCGUUUUCGACCCCAAUGCAUAAUAUCUAACUUUUUUUGCUGUGGCUCUUCUAUAUUUCGCUGAAAGUUGAAAUUCCCCCACAAUGCUAGUUUUCCAAAGUUCGGAAAAGUCAGAGAAUUUCAAGUCUCUAGCACGUUCCGUUACUUUCCAAAUGACCUUCCCCGUUUAUCGUUAAAAGGCACCACUUAAUAAAAACAACGUCAUUUCGAACAAAAACCAAAUUUAUUUUACCAAAUUUAAAUACGACUGUUACAGUGAAUGAAACAGUGAGUGUUAUGUCUUUUUGUUUGUGAUAAUACUUAUUACCUAAGCAUUAAAGAUCUCAGUUAAAGAUCAAUUAGUAGGCGCUAAAACGGGGUAGCAUUGAUCAACGGGGUUAACAUUAAUCAGUUCAGGAAAUUUGGCAGAAGUUGUUUAUUUCACUUAUUUCCGACAAUGGUCUAACUGAUCAAUGUUACUCCGUUUUACGGGACUUCAAUUCUGACCCAUCUAAGGGAACUAAAAAUUUGACUCGAUGAAUGCUAAAGGUAAGAAGACCUAUUCAAACCUUAUAUGGUUAUUGAUCUACUAUAAUUUUUAGAUUAAUUUUUUUUAUUAAUACAAAUCUAUAAUUAGUUGACUUUCACUGUUUGAAGGUUUUCCUGAAAAAGCCUACGGUUAAACUACUUGUUAUCCAUAGGUUAAUCGAACUUAAAAUAUGCGAGCGAUUGAAACACGAAGCUCUGGUUGUAACAGCAAAAAAUAUAUGGCUUCUUUAUUCUCGACAACCUCAUCGUCACCUAGUAAAAAUUACUUGAAUACACCAUUAACUACGUUGCUUUGAUAAAAUGCCUUUAUUCUUAGAGGGUUAGACCACUUAAUGUCACCGUCACGUUAAUCAAUAUAGUGUUUUCAGAAAAAUUUAAAAUAAUUUUCAAGCGUCUUUGGAGGAUUCGAUUUACUUCUACUACUACUUCUAACUUAAGUAGCAGAAGUUAUUGGAAUUUUUCUCGUUCAAUCGUGGUUUUGUUUAUGGGCUUUCUUGAAAUCUUACCUUAGCCCUAGCGAUACUUUUCAUACAAGUCUUGAACCUAAUUUGUGGCCUAUGAAUACUAGGCAGCCCAAAUUUGAAGAUUUAGCUUAGCUUAGCAAUUUCCAUAGCUUUUCUUCGUUAAAAAAAAACUAUGUAAAAAAUAGGUUACGAUUUUCUUAAAUAAACUAUGUAUUUGCUGGAGACAAUUAUACAAAAUAUGCAUUAUCAUAUAACUCUUACUAAGUAGCCCAUAAGUUAUGAAUGUGAAUUUGUUAUGUUAGCUUUUAAUAUACAAUUUAUAAACCAACUUGGGGAGAAUUUGCUUAGACUUUCUUUUUUUAUUUGCGAGUUUGAUUCAAAGCAUUUACAAUGAAAUACCAAAAAGAGAGUAGCUAUAUGAAAACGGUAUUUCCAUGGCAUAAAAAUAAAAUAAUCACCUCAUUUAGGUUUUUAUAGGUAUAAUCGCAGUGUCAAAUAAUGUCAAACGAAUUUCAAUCAGGCAAACGGAAUAUCGCCAUUACGAUAAAUUUGUAUGUAUAUAUAACAUGUAUAAAAUUGCAGCUCUAUUGGUUUCAAAUGAAAAUCUUCGAAAAUAAAAAUA